GAAGGGGAAGCGCCAUAAAGUCUCGCGGGAGAAGGCGGGAGGCGGUUUGAAAGAUGGCGGAUGAGGUGGACCAGCAACAAACAACAAAUACUGUAGAGGAGCCACUUGAUCUCAUCAGACUCAGUCUAGAUGAAAGAAUCUAUGUGAAAAUGAGGAACGACAGAGAGCUCAGAGGCAGACUCCAUGCAUAUGAUCAGCACUUGAAUAUGAUUUUGGGUGAUGUGGAAGAAACUGUAACUACAAUAGAGAUUGAUGAAGAAACCUAUGAAGAGAUUUAUAAAUCUACCAAAAGGAAUAUUCCGAUGCUCUUUGUCAGAGGUGACGGCGUUGUGCUUGUAGCUCCCCCGUUGAGGGUUGGUUGAAGCCACAAAGGAUCUAACCUUGUUGGAAAGUUUGAGGCUUUUGGACAGUGGUUUGUGUUUUGAUCAUGUGUCUGAAAAUUCUGUACAUGUUUUUAUAGGAUGUUUUUGUCUGUUCUUUUGGGAAGGGGAGCAAAGGGGAACCAGUUUCUUGCGGAAAGUACAUGUAGUCAAUUGAAGCCAAUCUGAUUUUCUCAGAAUUAAUGUAACUGCUGUAAAUUGGCCGGUUUGUCACAUCAGUAAAAGAAUCCUUCAUUUUUUCAGUCUUGGUGAUAGCACUGUCUUAAUUUUUUGUUUUAAAUAAAUUUGGUUUAUCUUUCAGAUUUGA